GGUGAAGGAGCUAAGUAGAGUUUGGAGGUGCACCAUUGGAAGAGUACUGAGCUUUCAGAGGAUUUCAGCUACAACGUUACAACUGAAAAGAAUCGCUGAACAGCAAGGACAGUAAAGGAGUGCUGUAAAAAACAUCCAUAACCCAUACAUUUUUUGGGGGGGACUAAAAAGAAAACUGUUUCAAAAAUGAACGGGAAAAUUCUCAUAGUCCUUCUUCUGAUUAUAGCAUCAGGGAAUGCCCAAAUCCCAACAACUAAAGCCCCCGCAACAACCACAGCUCCCCCCGCGACCACCACAGCUGGCAUGACGACUAGCACAAUUGUGGUCACAACAACCAAAGCUGCAUCAACUACAACCACAGCUUCUGCUACAACUACGUCUUCUCCAACUACAACCACAGCUAGCGUUACAACAACCCCAGCUCCCCCCGCAACCACCACAGCUGGCACGACGACUAGCCCAAUUGUGGUCACAACAACCAAAGCUGCAUCAACUACAACCACAGCUUCUGCUACAACUACGUCUUCUCCAACUACAACCACAGCUAGCGUUACAACAACCCCAGCUCCCCCCCCGACCACCACAGCUGGCACGACGACUAGCCCAAUUGUGGUCACAACAACCAAAGCUGCUACAACUGCGUCUUCUCCAACUACAACCACAGCUAGCGUUACAACAACCCCAGCUCCCCCCGCAACCACCACAGCUGGCACGAUGACUAGCACAAUUGUGGUCACAACAACCACAGGAGCUUCGACUACAACCACAGCUGCUGUAACAACAACCAAAGCUGCAUCAACUACAACCACAGCUUCUGCCACAACUACGUCUUCUCCAACCACAACCACAGCUAGCGUUACAACAACCACAGCUCCUCUUAAGACAACCACAGCUUCUGCGGCAACAAAUACAACUGCACCCACUUCAACCACAGUCGCACAAACAACUCCUAUUCCACCCAUAACCACCACAGCCACCACAACCACAGACUCAACAGCAGCACCGACAGCGAACGAGGGGUCAGUGGGAUUAGGAUUCAGAAUGAUCCGUGCAUUCCUCAAUGAGUAUUCUGACUCUUCCACAUCAGCAUAUCAGGAACUUGCAGCAAAUGUUACCAAAGAGGUGGGUCGUGUUUACAAAAAGGUUCACCCUUUAACAUACUUAAGGUGUAGGGUUAUUCAGUUCACGAAUGGCUCAAUUAUUGCCAAAUUGGCCCUUAUUUUCAAGAACUCGACAGUGGUUCCCAGUGCAUCGACCGUAAGGCAAGAAUUUAUUGACGCUGUGUAUCAGGACAACACCAUCCUCAAUGUUGAUGCAACCUCCAUUACUGCAGGGACACCAACCACAGCUUCAAGUCUACUCACAAUCUUUCUGGUUGUAUUGUCACACCUGCUUCACUACUAUUGAGACUGAUGACCACAGCGGCAGCGCAACUUGCCAGUCAAUCCAAUUAUAUCACAGUUUUUAAUAGAAGUGUAUAGCAUUCAUUCGUAUUAAUUAUCCAAAUAUGUACAUUGUAAAGAUGAAUUGCUAUGGAGAACAUGACAAUAUUGAACACCUUGAGGAUAAUGUAAAAAUCUGAAUAUGGGUAGCUUUCCUUCUACUUACUGCACUGCCUUGAUUUUUAACAUUUGUUGAUAUGCAAUAUUGUUUUAGAAUUCAGCAUGACCCAUGUUGUGAAUGAAUGAAGGAAACGCUGGUUUCAUUAGCUUCGCUGUACUAAUUAAGAAAUUAAAUGAAAAGACAUUCACAUCCCUCUUGAGUUACCAAAGUUCAAAAUGAAUGAACUGAAAGGGUUUAAGCUAAACAGGACAUUCUUUGUUUACAAUGGAACAAAGACAUAGACAAUGGUCAUGAUAAGGUUCAGACAGGUAUGUCUAAAUUCAUCAAUAUUAUUAUUAUUAUUUUUUUAAUUAAUGAACAUUUUAGAUUGUGGCUAUAAUAUGUCACCACAAAUCAGUCUUGGGCUGGGUAUUUGUGACAUCAAUAAAAGUUGGGAAACAUAAAGACCCAAGCACAAAAACGUUCAUGGCAUGCUACAGGGCCUUCAGAAAGUAUUCAUACCUUUUGACUUAUUCCACAUUGUUGUGUUUUUCAAAAUGGAUGAAAUAAAAAAUUAUCUCACCCACCUACACACAAAA